AAGUACUUUCUUGGAAGGCUAUGGUGUGUGUCUGUAGGUUGCUCGACCUUUCGCCUCUGCUCGCUACUUAGCUGCCCACGCUCGCUCUGUUUGAGUCCUGCACCAGCGUCUGACGGUCGAUCUGAUUGGGUAGAGCCUGGGCGGUGCGUCUGCUGGCGGGUGUCUGCGGCCGUUCUCUCUCCAUCCUGUGGCCUCUUUGGCGGCCCUGUCGAUAGCUUCGUUUCCUGGGAUGCCGGUGUGGGCUGGGAUCUACCUUAUUGUUACUGGCCGGUCUAUGUUCUGGAGUGUCUUGACCUGUUCUGCAAUGUCUGCGAGAAUAUAUGCUCCUGAUUGGCCUUCAGCCUUAGCUACUGACUAUAUGGCCGCCUGGUUGUCUGUGUAGAUAGCUACCUUCCGUCUCUUACCUCCUCGCUCUGCGUACUUUUAUGCUAUUUGUAGUGCGAGGCUGAUGCCUUGUAGCUCGGCAGCGUAGACUGUUGAGUCCGUGUCUAGCCCUAUAUGUACUGUGCGGGUCUGCUGUAUAAGUGGGCAUACUGCUGCAGCCCCAAUCUCGCUAUCUAUGCCGCUGCCGUUAGUAUAGAUACUAAGGCUCUAGUUCUUCUUAUGUUCUCUGUCAUGUCGACUACAUGCUUUAUUAGCGCUCUUGUCUAUGUGGGUCUUUGGGCCGUGUCGCUAAGGCGAAGUGAUAAAGGGUGGAAUUAGCUUCUGCAUCUCGAGAUCUUAUCUGCGCUUAAGGUUUAAAAUGUAUGCUAUGUGCUUGCUCGAGAGAAGCCGAAUAAUAACGUUGGCGUUGUGCUUCCAUAUCUGCUGCUUAAUUAGUAGGAGGUGUGCUUCGACGUUAAGUGCUGCUUUGGACGUGGCUUUAUAUGCUCCGUAUAUAGCUUUUGCUGCUCUUGCCUGUAUGCUUUACAGGAUGUUAAGUGUCUUCUUCGUGUAUAUUUUGCCCUUGACGCUGGUAUUCGACUAGAUGGAGUAGGCAUACAUCAUCUGUGGCAGCGCUGUGGCCUCGUAUAGUCUCCGCAUGUCUGUAAGCGUGAUGCCCCACGUUGAGCCUCUGAGGCAGCUGAGCGCGCUGACCGUCUUUGUCGCCUUGCGUCU